GUUAAUGUUUAUUUUCCAGUAAUGAUUUUUUAAAAAUGGUUUUAGUCCUAGUUUUAGUUUUCAAUAAUGAUAAUAAUUAAUUUUUAAGAUAUACAACGGAAUAACACCCCAUGGGAAAGUGUCUUUCUUUUCAAAACACUUUCUUAUUUUUACUCUUUCAGAUUGAAAAUGACCUUAGAGAAUUAACUUUCAAGGUUUUCAUCAAAGUACCAGUAAAAGUUGGAGAUACUGACAUCUGGACUAAUUCAAGUCUGCAAAUUUCUGGCUGUAAGAGGGAGAACAUGCAGAAGCCUGUUACCACCAAUUUUAUAGAUAUUAUUAAAAGUCAACGCAUAGUGAACUGCUCUGUGGCGGCAUGUGUCACGUUCAGCUGUGACGUCACUCUCAUAAAGAAUGAAAGGAUACUCUAUAAUAUAACUGGGAAUGUCAGCUCUGGAUGGAUUGAGCAGACUGGACUCAGAGCUGCUGUUUUACAGCUGGUCAGUUCAGCAUCUUUGGACUACGACAAGAACAAAUAUGUUUUCUUUUCCUCUGAUUCUCAACAAACUGCACCGUCUGUCCAGAUUAAUACUCAAGUGGAGGUGUAUGAGGAGGCAGACCUGACUAAAGAGAUCAUUGGAGCAGUAAUAGGAGGACUGCUGGUACUGGCUGUCAUCACUGCCGCCCUCUAUAAGGCUGGAUUCUUCAAAAGCCAAUACAAGCAGAUGCUGGAGGAGGCACAGGGGGAUGCAGGAGGACAACCAAACAUGCCACAAUAAUCUGCACUUAAACUAUUAAGAGAUAUUAGUGUUUUGUGUGCUUGACAAUGAAACAUGAAUCACCUCAGAAUAAAAUAUUUUGGCCUGAUUUAGAACACUUUAUGAGAACAAAAUUUUAAAUGUACAUCAUAUCAUUACUCAUUGUUAUCUAAUCAGUGAACUUAAUUGAGUUACCACAAUGAAGGUAAUUAUAUACUUCCUCCUUUGUUAUGAAAACUGAUAAAGAUCUAUUGCGGAAAUAUUGGUAAUUUCAGAGGACCUUUUUCUCAGAUGCACACAGUUUUUGUGAUCUUUCCUUAUGUUUCUUCACAUUUAUAAUAAUGGAAGGCUAUCUCUGCCACAAAAUAAAGGGUAAUCACACAUUUUUAUCUCACCAUUCAGACUUUCUUUAUUUCUCUAAGAAUUUUGAGUUUAUAUCUUGCAGUUCUUAGUUAAUAUCUCACAAAGCUGACUUUUGUUUCUCUCCAAAUAGUAAGGAAAAAAUCUGAAUUAUGAGAUCAUCAGUAGCAUCACAAUUAUUAUUUUUAAUUCCAUGGCAGAAAUGGGCUUCCAUAAUAUAGUAGGGUUUUGCUCUGGGUGUAUUUUAAAAAUGUUUUAUUGCUUUCUGCUUAAUACAGAGAUAUUGUUUAUUUAGCUACAUGUUGUUUUUAUUUGCAGACAAUGUUUAUAUAUAAACACAAACACUGUUAAUAAAGUGGAAAAUAAAAGUUAAAAUUUAAUAUAUUUGGGCAUUUUGCAUUACACUUAUUCUUGUAAUUUUUUAUAUGUAUUUUUUAUAUGUGGGCUGGCACAUAUCUUUUGAGAGUGGAUGAAUUUCGAUUCUGUCACAUCCCUGUGGACUGAUUAUGUUGGUUUCUCCCUCUUGUGCCCAUAUUUGGUUGUUCCUGUAUCUUGUCCUUGUUUCAUCAUCAUUAGUUAACCUUAUAUCACCUGUCUCUUAAUUAAGUUCAUCGCAAUCACCGGUCUUUAUAAGUUGCACUAAGAUCAGUGUUUGUUGUCUGGUCAUGUCAACUUUAACAUCAAUGUGAACGUCAAUGUAUGCGUGGUUUUACUGUCCUGCUGUGGAUUUACCUGUUUUGGAAUUACCUGUGGAUUAUAAUAAAGACUUUAUCUUUGA